UCCGCUGACCUCCACGAAAGCCUUCUAGAAGCCGCCCUCCCUCUCUCGGUCUCGGAGCGAGUGCGUUGAUUCCUGCGCCCUCCAGAGGACAGGAGGAGAGAAGAGGACCAGCGAGCGUGGAGACUGGAGAGGGAGGAAAAUUCCAGUCCAACUCUAGAGCCAAUUCCCUUCGCCUUUUCUUCUUCUUCUUCUUCUUCUUCUUCCCCGCAGCGCCGGCCCUCGCCCGGCCAGUCUUGCCGCCAGUGCGCCACGACUCGCAGCCUCGCAGCUCCCCGGGCCUCCUGCCUUCUUGCGUAUCCUGUCAUUUGUAUACAGAAAAUUCACUACAUGUGCCAUCCAUUUUAUGGUUGAGCCACGCUGGUAGUGAAAGAAACCAUGUUUAGGAGAAAGCACACCUCUCGUUUCGAUUCUACUGAUGCAGAUCAGCAAAAAGCAAAGAUCAAUGAACUGAAAUCUGCACUAGGGCCUUUGUCUGCCCGCGGUGAGAAGUACUGCAGUGUAGCAUGCUUGGCAAGAUAUCUAGAAGCCCGCAACUGGAAUGUUGCCAAGGCAAGAAAAAUGUUGGAAGAAAGUCUCAAGUGGAGGGCGGCUUACAGGCCGGAAGAUAUUCGCUGGCCUGAAGUUUCUGUUGAAGCAGAAACAGGUAAAAUGUACAGGGCAAGUUUUCAAGAUAGAGAGGGGCGAACUGUUCUUGUUAUGGCACCGGCAAAGCAGAACACAUCGUCACACGAAGGGCAGAUACGGUUCCUUGUAUAUACUUUGGAGAAUGCUGUCCUGAACCUGCCUGAAGGUCAAGAGAAAAUGGUCUGGCUGAUAGACUUCACAGGAUGGACAAUGGCAAAUGCUGUGCCCAUAAAGACUGCCCGAGAAACUACAAAUAUCCUGCAAAAUCAUUACCCUGAGAGGCUGGCCGUUGCGUUUCUAUUUAAUCCCCCGAAAGUAUUUGAAGCGUUUUGGAAGGUUGUCAAGUAUUUCCUCGACCCAACAUCGAUCGAGAAGGUGAAGUUCGUGUACCUGAAGGAUGAGGAGAGCAUGAAGGUCAUGCACAAGUACAUUGACCCGAAAGUCAUUCCUGUUGAGUUUGGGGGCGAGAGCGAUGUGGUUUACAACCAUGAGCAGUACUCUGAGUUGAUGACAAAAGAUGACAUCAAAACUGCUAACAUAUGGGCAGAAGAUGCAAAAACUGACCAUGUUAACCAUGCCAUCGGUGGGGCCUUGGUUCCUGAGGUCACCCCUGUGCCGUCUUUAAUUACAACUUAAGCCAGUUAUGGAGUGUCAACCCCUCCUAUGACGAGUUGCUAUUUCGUAUAACUUUCAAUCAAGGAAGGAAAUAGACAGGUAGUGGAAUGUUGAGUUGUGGACAUUCAAACAGAAAUUAAUGAAUAACAUAACAAAUAAUGUAUUACUUGGCCAUACUCAAACCUGUUCAUGUAAUCAAACGGUGUAUCCAGAGUCCAGGCGAUUGUACUUCAAGAGAAUUUCAUCAUAGGUGAUUGGGUGUCAGACCCCAACCCCAAAGGAAUGAAGGGUACAAUAUUUCGGCAAA